CUGCGAAGGUGAAGGUGUCGCGAGGCGUCGCACCGCGUCGCGUCGCGUCCCGUCCCGUCCCGCCCCGCCCCGCUCCGCCGCGCCGUGCCCACUCAAUGGCCGAAUUAAUUGGAACAAAACAUUUCCGCGCCGAGACGUCGAGACGUUCGUUCGACAUUAUCAAAUCACGAUCGUUAAUUGCGUCGCGUGUGCAGUGAAGUGAAGUGAAGCAAUCAUCGCGGGCACGAUGGGUAGCGUGGAAAGACUGUUGCGGGGUCGUUGCGGGGGUCCGGCUGUGCAGGAUCGAGAUCCAAUGGCGAGAUUCAUCAGCGGUAUGCCGAGCGGUGUUUCGACGCGAAAUGAUCUGACGGAGCUCGUAGCUACACGGUGGAUGCUGCGGAUGCGGAUGCUGUGUACCGGAGGAUCCGGUUCGGGCCAAGCAGGGUCGGCUCGAAGAUCUGUAACGGAGAACGAGGCCGAUCUUGAGUUCCGGUAUUUCGAUCUGACUGAGCCACGCUCAGUGUGCGGUGGGUGCGGUGGACGCGGAGAGAUGCGGUUUUGGUGGAUGCGGAUGCUCCGGUACCGGAGGAUCCGGUUCGGGCCGAGCAGGGUCGGCUCGAAGAUUUGUGGCAGAACGUGGCCCCGGUCCAGGAGUUCCUGUCAUUUCGGUACGAGAAUCAAUCAAAGCAAACACCUAGUCUAGCCCAGCAGAAAAAGGCAUUUGAUACAACACAUGUCGUUCCUGAGAUUUGAAAAAAGGCCUGAGAAGU